GAAAUGGCGGUCAAGUCGGCAGUUCUUCUAUGUGUUGUCUUGGCUUCUCUCCUUCUCGUCUUCCAGGAUGCGACGUACGCUAGGGAGCUCACUGAAGCCAACGAGCCUGUAGGGAGGACUGUGAAGCCUGCUGGAGGGCCUGGAUUCAAGGACGUGAAGUGGCUACUAGGUGGCCACAAGCAUGGUGGCGGGUAUGGAAAUGAAGGUGGGUACGGUGGAGGAUACGGAAACAAUGGUGGGUACGGCGGAGGAAAUGAUCCACCUAGCUACGGUGGUGGAUAUGGGCCUGGAUACGGUGGAGGAUAUGAUGGGCCUGGAUACGGUGGAGGAUACAAGCACCAUGUCCAUGGCGGUGGUGGCUAUGGGCCUGGAUAUGGCGGUGGCUACGGACCCAGUUAUGGAGGUGGAAACAGUUGCCCUCCAUGCGGAAGUGGUAAUGCUGGUCCUGGGUACGGAGGCGGCUACGGUGGUGGCAACGGUGGAGGAUACCGUAGUGGCAGCGGAUACGGUGGAGGUGGCGGCUAUGGAGGUGGAUAUGGUAGUAGUGGCACUUCUCCAUGAGGCAGACAUGGCAGCAGUGCGUAGGAACAAUGGUGGAUCCUACUAAGAAUUUGAAGCAUAAGAAUGUAUGCUAGCUUUUAUGUCAAAUAAAUCGAUCAUGCAGGGUGAUGUUUGUGACCAAUUUAUAUAUGGGAUCAUGUCCGAUUCGUGUGGUAUUAAACAUCGACUGUUUCCAUGACUGAAGAACCAUAAUAAAAGCUGGCCUUUGUGUG